GUCAAAAAAUAAUUGAAAAAAAUAAUCACACUAUUGAGUUGUCUGACUCAUUGCAAAACUGCCCAAAACCAUUUACAGUCAAUUCGGAGUUUUGACUUUCUGACCGAAGGUGAAACACUCCCUCACCACGCACUCUUAUUCGGCACGCCUGUGAUACCUAGGUGCUGAAUUUUUGUUUUCAUUCUAUUGACUAAAUUUUUUUGAAAACUAGAAAAUCCAAAAAAAAAAUCCGUUUGAGGCUGCAGAACGGUUUGAAACCACCACCAAUCGACUUAGGACGUCGAAAGUAGGUUAAAAAUUGAAUUCCACUGUUGAUUUUUUUUUUUCAUGAAAAAUGAAUGAUGGGUCUCUAAAAUUUGUUAAAUUUCCCAAAAAUUGACAAAUGAAUUUGAAAGAACAAUUUGCGUAAGAAAAGAUUCAUUCGCGAACGAAUUGUAUAAUUCAAUAAUUCAUGAAUCAAUUCGUUCGCGAAGAAGACGUCACUUGAACGAAUCGAUUCGUUCACGAAUGAUUCGCCAAAUAUUAUUCAAUUCGUUCGCGAAUGAUUCGAUUCGAUUCGCUUGAAAACAGGUCAGUUCCUAAUUCUAAUACAUAGUACAAGAGUUUCACAAAAACUGAAAACCGAAUCAAUAUUUUGUUUUCGAAUCAUUCACUUGAAAAGUGCAUCGAUUGGUUCGUAAACGAUUUAUAUUUAACGAAAAGUCGGUCUUUUCACGCUUAAUGCGUGAGUGUUUUUUUUAAAAAUUGAAUGCGUGUCUUAUGAGUUGAAUACCUAGUGUAACCAUAUUUCGUAUAAAAAUAUGACGGGAUAGAAAAAUAAAUUACCGAGUAGAAACAUUUAAAUAUUGUACAUUAUAUGCUAUUAAUUUUUUUGUUUAUAUUUUUUAUUGGAAAUAAUUACUUAGUUUAACAUUUUUUCUGUUUUUAUUUCUCGUAGGACGUGCCAUAUGACAUCCCAUCAGCUUAACAACGAAGAAGAUGAGUAUUUUUCCCAAAGGCAGGCGAUAAGAUAGGCAACUCUUUUGUCAGAUUCAAAACGUUGUUAGGAGACUGGCUGGCGGUAGCAAUGAAACUCGACUCCGAUGUUAUUUAAAUUCCAACUUCGACUUACUUUCACCUCCACCUCAUGCACAGUCUGCUAUUACAACUAUAGCAGAAAUGGUUAUGGCAUACGUUGAUUUGGAUAUCGAAGAUGGAGUCCUUCUAUUGAUCGGGAGAAUACUUUUGCAGUGGGAUGAUAAGCGAACAGCCUGGGACGAAAAGAAAUUUGGAGGUAUUUUUUUUUUGAAAAUAUGAAAGCUGAUUCGGUGUGGAGGCCGAGUAUAACAUUGAACAAUAAUUUGUUCGUAGAUUCCAGGUACAACAAUUCUUUCGGAGCAGGCCACUUGAUAAUUCAGUCAGAUGGCUUCUUGCAUUGGGUGUCAACAGUGAAUUUAUACACGAGGUGUGAAAUAAGCUCUAGUAGUUGGCCAUGGGAUCCGCACAAGUGUAUCCUUAAUUUCACAAUUGAUACACCAGAAAUGUAUGUCACUUUUGGCAAGUACUUGGAACGUUUCCCCGGAGUGGCAUCGUUAUGGACUAUCACUGAUGUCAAAAAAGAAAUGGCUUUUCCCCACUUGAUAGUUGAGCUGACCUUAAAAAUGAAAAGUCGUUCCUUGCAAGUUGUGUCGUGUUUGACACUUAUAGCUGUUAGUUUGGUGCUUCUUACAUCGUUUCUGAUAUCGCCAGUAAGCAGGAUCAAACUGGCAUCGAAAGUAUUAUCUCUGCUAAUGCUGGUCAUUUCCCUUGUUAUUUUGAUGAAUUUAAUUCCCAAUUUCACCGUAAUAGCUCCUAAUUUCUUGAUCGCAUUUGGCACGAUAUUUUCAAUGGUGGGAAUAUCCAGCUGUAUCACUGCCUUCCUACUAAGAUUAGCUAGGAAAUCGCACACAUAUCAUCCAUCGUUGAUCACGGAAGUUGGAAAUUUGAAAGAAAACAAUCGUGAAAAUGAAGCGAUGAAAAUGGUAUCGUUUGAAGACGUUACACCCUGUGAGGACGAAUGCACAAUUGAGGAGUCACUGUCACAAAAAUCUGAAAACGAAUGGUUGAGAAUUGCUCUAGUUAUCGAGUAUUUAUUAUUCACGAUUUGUGCGAUUCUUCUUAUAUUUCUUACCAUAAGUUUUAUGACCUAAAAUAGCACAAAUACUUUUCGUAUCGAUUUGAUUAUAAUUUAAAACAUUAUACGAGUAGAUUGAAU